AUGCUUCGGAUUUGCGGAUUUUUGGCUAUUUUUGCCAUUGUCUUUGGUCAGGAGAUUGGUAGUGGCGCAGGAAUCAAGAAGGGAAAUGGUAUUGGUCAAGGAAUUGGCGAUGGAGCAGUGAAACAUGGAGGAAUUGGGCAAGAAAUCGGGUCCGGAGCUGUAAAGCAUGGAGGAAUUGGGCAGGACAUUAGGCAAGAUGCUGGGAUUGGAGCUGGAAACACGAUUGACCAGCCAAUUGCCCCAAAAGUCGGUGGAAUUGGACAGGAUGUUCGAAAAGAUUCAGGAAUUGGAGCUGGAAAUUCGAUUGUCCAGCCAAUUGCCCCAAAAGCAGGUGAAAUUGGUCAAGGAAUUGGGUCUGGUGCUGUGAAACACGGAGAAAUCGGGCAGGAUAUUAGACAAGAAGCAAGUGUUGGGCAAGGAAUUGGCUCUGGGAACACCAUUGACCAGCCAAAUGCUCCAAAAGUUGGUGAAAUUGGGCAAGGAAUCGGAUCUGGAGCUGUGAAACAUGGAGAGAUUGGACAAGAUCUCAGAGUUGGGAAUUCAAUCGGACAAGAGGUCGGAAGUGGAAUUGGACAACCAAUUGCUCCAAAAGCCGGCGAGAUUGGGCAAGGAAUUGGAGGAAACAGAGCACGACGCUUUCUUUUUGCGCCUUAUUCCAUCAAUUGUAAUCAUAAUUUGGGCCCUCGGGUUUGCUAUCGAACCUAUGAAGAUGGAGAUUUCCUUCAAGUUCCGAAAGGAUUUAGCUGCUGGAAGACUGAGAGAGGGAACCCAAGAUCACCGCUGAAUUGCACAGAGAAUGGUGGGUAGUUUGGCAUAUGACUUAAUUAUGAUUGGGUGGGGAAUCUCAACAAGUAAUGUACAAGUUAUCUAAAUAAAAACGGCAAACAUGCUGUGUAGUAAUUAUGUUAUUUUUCAAUCCCUGAAAAGUUUAGCUCAUCCUUUAUUGAGGCAGUUGAGAUAUUCAACAAACUUUCUUGAGAUUAGCUGACAGGGGAAGUACCCCAAGUGCGACGCUCAGAUUUUGAUGAAACUUGGCACAAAAUUAGAAUAAUUUUUUCUAAGAUAUAUGCGAGAAUCCUAGCUCGCGCUUUGCAGAAACAACCGAGAUUUUUAUAUCGAAAGUUGGCGAAAAUUUAGGACUUUUUGCCGAAUUUUGGCACAAAAAGUUUCAUUCCGAUUUCUACCGUAAAGGAUAAUGUUUCUACAAAAAAUCAAAUUUUUCCGCACGAAACUGCCAAAGUUAUGGCCGAAAAGCGUUUUUCUCUCUGACCGCUCUCCACGUUUAGCGUGCUCUCUCGGCGGCAUAAAUCGUCCGAUAUCUCGGCGGCGCCUGCAAAGCGCGAGCUAAAACUUUCAGGAAUUGAUAUUUAGUCCAUACCCGACGCGCGUGCAAAAUUUAAAGAAAAUCUGAGCGUCGCACUUGGGGUACUUCCCUUGUGAGGUGUGGAUUACUGUAAUAUAAUAAUAACAUUGCACAUUUCAGCCUACAUAGACCUCAUCGUCAAGAAGGAAAAGAACCUCGAAAUAACCCAACUCUAA